UGUCCGGUUAGCAGUCACGAGUUUGUUGACAAAUGACUGGCAAACUGGCAAAGCCGUAGUAGCAGGGGCUGGACAGGGUAGUCCCAGCGAGAUGGGCUCCUGAAGGAAGACAAACAAGACACUGGAUGCAAUGGGAACAUGAGCUGUCUUAAUCUCGGGACACGAGUAAACUGAGGUUGAAGUGCAGACAAUAAUUCGGAUUACAUUCAACAUGUUGCCGACGCGGGCUUAAAAACAGUGCUAGCCGACAAUGCUAGAAUAGCAUUAGCUGUUACUUGCUAUAUGGGUCCUGUCAACCUGGACUGCUUGCCAGCCAGCGAGAUGACCCCAACGUAUUAUAAAGCUUGAAAACUUGGUCAAUUGAGACCUUGGCUAACUUGUGCGGCCAUUGUGCUGUCAAGUAGGACUGUCCUGGAAAGGCUGCUGACACAUUGUCGACUUAUUUAGUGAAUGGCUUGAAUCCUAACAGCCUGGACGGCUAAGUUUAGGGUCAGCAACUGGUAAGGAAAUUAGUUUUUUUUUUUCACGAGUGAUUAGUUUUGGUUGACAUUCCAUCAGUAGUUCUACUCCUGUUGCUAAUUUUAACUGGGGAAGUUGCCUGUGACAGCAGCAUAAGUGGACAGCUGACUGACUCCCUUAGUCCAGCGGAAUGGAGGAUAAAUUCCAAAGUGAAUCCAAUAUUCUAGAAGCACCUAAACUGAAUGAGCUUCAGUCAGUGCAAGCUUGAGUUGAAGAAAAGUUACUACUUUGUCCUAACAGCUGUCCUACUGCAGGACUAAGUUAGUUUUGGACUGCUCAAUGACAUUUACUUUUGUGGUAACGGACUAGGAAGAAAGCGCAAUCAUUUUGUGUGCAAGCGUGUAACAAAAAUGGGAGAAAGGGGUUAAUUAAAGUCCAAAUGAGUGACAGUCGGGUCAGACUUGCUGGACAGGGACCAUUCGGCAGUGGGAGCACGGAAUAGUGGCCAACUCACAGACGCACUAUCCACUGGGUAUCAGCUGACAUCCGCUGGCGGCCAAGGAGACCAAGUCAUGGAUCAGCUCAAAGUCAAAGACCGAAUACUGGAAAACAUCUCCAUGUCCGUGAAAAAGCUGCAAAGUUACUUUGCUGCUUGCGAAGAUGAGACCCCAGCCAUUCGUAACCACGACCGAGUACUACAGCGUCUCUGUGAGCACCUGGACCAUGCCUUGCUGUACGGGUUACAAGACAUUUCGUCAGGAUACUGGGUCCUUGUCCUGCACUUCACGCGCAGAGAAGCUGUGCGACAGAUAGAUGAACUGAAGCACAUAGCUACCAACCUUGGUCGAAGUCGUGCCUGGCUGUACUUGGCCCUCAGCGAGAGCUCACUAGAAAGCUACCUCCGGCUCUUCCAGGAGAACCAGGCCCUGCUACAGAAGUAUUACUUCAAAAAUGCGUUGGUCUGCAGCCACGAUCACCUCACCCUCUUUGUCACGUUGGUCUCGGGACUGGAGUUUAUCCGGUUUGACCUAGAGCUGGAUGUUCCCUAUCUAGACGUUGCGCCCUACAUGCCCGAGUACUACAAGCCGCAGAACCUUCUAGACUUUGAGGAGAGGUUGCCCAGCUCAGACAGCCUGUCAAUCCACUCCUUCACGUCCCUCACCUCCACAAACCUGGAGUGGGAUGACAGCGCCAUCGCCCCGUCCAGUGAAGAUUAUGAUUUCGGUGACAUCUUCCCCGUGUUGCAGUCAAUGCCAAAUGCAGACUGGGAAGAGGGGGACCUGACCGACCCAGUUAGCGCUCCCCGCUCCAGUGUGUCCGACCCCCAGACUGUGGUGAGCGAUGGCGGGCCGGUCCCGGUUCGGACCACCACUACUGCGUUGGCAACGACGGGACCACCGUCUAGAACCACCUCGCUCUCACGCAGCCCCACCUUCCGCCACAACCCCUUCAACGAGGACUCAGACACUAACACCUCGGCCGACGUGACGCCGGUGCACAGCCGGCACGAUGCCACCACGGGGGACGAGGCAGAGACCAUCAGCACGGAGCUGGAGGUCAUUAGAAUGGCCCGUCGGAGGAAGCCGGCCAAGAAGCGGCGAGGCAAGGACUCGACGGGCUCGGUGAGCAGUGCUCACAACGUGGCCCCUGCAGAGCCAGAUGAGGACGGGGAAGUCGAGCCAGAGGGAGGUCCAGGAAAGAGGGCCCAGGAAACGGAGUCCCACAGCGGGGAGAGCUGGAACCCCUCCGAGGGCCAGGAGGGCCCCAAUGGCCCCGCGGCAGUGUCUGGGCCGGACAUGACGCGGAGGAAGACCAAGGAGGAUGGUGAGGUAGAGGAUCCUGAAGCACUGCUGAGGCUGCCGGAGAUGACCGACACGUCUAUGGACAGCGUGGGGCAGCCUCUGUGCGACGUCAUGGACCGGCUGAAUGGCACACUGGACAGGGAGAGCUGGGAAAGUGUGGAGGAGGAGGAGGAUAAGACUGGCGACGACGGGAAGAGAGGGGAGGGCAUGGACAAGGACAUGGUGGUUAGCGUCAUCAACAGCAGCAAUGGGGGUGGUGUAGCAGGACGGAGGCGCUCGUCCAGCACCAGAUCGGCAGGCUCCAUGCCUCCCCAGCUGCAGUCCUUUCGGAACAGAUCGGCCGGUGAGCCACCUGACCCUGUGGGCCAGCCUAGCCCUCUUGCCCCCAGCCCAGGCCUCAGCCCUGGGCCCAGCCCCGGCUUCCUCCGCGCCCCGCCCGCCCCCGCCGACUUCUACUGCUUUACCCCUCACAGUCCGGACUCUGCUGCCAAGAGUGGUGGCCACCAUGACCUUACAGGGAAUGGCCAGCCGGAGACUGUUCCAGGUGGCUAUGAGGAUGAGACAGAGGCAGAAACAGAGGCAACAGCAGCAGCAACAACAGCAACAGCACCACCACCACCACCGCAGCCUAGACACGCACACUCCAAUGCUGUAGAGGAUGGAGAGGAGGAGGAUGGAGAGGAGGAGGAGGAGAAGGAGGAGGAAGUAGAGGAAGUGAGUGAGGAAGUGAAGGUGGUAGAGGAGGAGAGAGGAGCAGUGGAGGCCCCUGUGCUGGAGAACGGAGUCUCCCCUGAUGAGGAGGGCGAGGAGCAGGGUGAGGAGCAGUCGGAGGAGUCGGGAAGCCCAACGGAGAACCCCCACCCAGCAGAGUUCAGUGUGGACAACAAUCACCUACUUCUGCUCAUGAUUCACGUAUUCAGAGAGAAUGAGGAGCAGUUCCUCAAGAUGGUGCGGAUGAGCACAGGCCACAUGGAGGGAGACCUGCAGCCGCUCUACCUGCUCCUCACAGACUGCUACAUCUAUCUGCUGCGCAAAGGGGCUGCAGAGAAGCCUUACAUGGUUGAAGAGGCCGUAUCCUACAACGAGCUGGACUACGUCUCUGUGGGUUUGGACCAGCAGACAGUGAACCUGGUGUGCACCAACAGGCGAAGGCAGUUCUUGUUGGAUACAGCAGACUCGUCCUUGACUGUCUGGUUUCUGAACAAGCUGCGGUCUGCCAUGAUUACCGGGUGCCGGGAGCCUCCCUACCCCUCCGUGCUGACCGAUGCCACCAUGGAGAAGCUGGCGCUCACCAAGUUCGUGUGUCAGGAAACCCACUGCGAGGUGAAGGACGUGAAUAUCCGCCUGUACUCUCUGGUGCACUGGGAGGACCCCUUGGACAUGGGCGUGGGCUCGCAGCCCUCCUGUGGCGUUCCAGAGGCAAGCAGUGUGAAGGAAGGGCCCCUGCUGUACCGUGCCGGCACCACAUACCUGGGCAAGGAGCUGUGGAAGAGCUGCUACCUGGUACUCAGUAAUGGCAUCCUGUACCAGUACCCGGAGAGGACUGACGUGACCCCCCUGCUCUCCAUCACUAUGGGAGGGGAGCAUUGCGGCGGGUGCCGGCGGUCCAACAGCACGGAGCGUCCGAAUGCUUUCCAGGUGAUCCUGACGGACCGGGCGCCGCUGGAGCUGAGUGCCGAUAACGAGCAGGACAUGGCCGACUGGAUGCAGGUGCUCUGCCAGUCUGUCUCCAAAGGGGUGAUUCCUCAAGGUGUGGCGCCGUCGCCCUGCAUCCCGUGCUGCCUGGUGCUGACCAAUAGGAAGCUGCUGACGUGCCACCAGGAUUGUCAGACAAGCUUCUUCCGCUCACUGGGCGCCGCCGACCUGAGUGAUGUCACCGCUGUCUGUCUGGAGGACGAGAAGGAGUACUGCGUCAUCGAGUUCUCCGUGGAUCGGGACCAGUUCCUGCCUCCCUGGGUGCUGUACUUCAGCGGCUGCGAUGAGCGAGAUCGCCUGUUGGCAGCGCUGGAUGAGGCCUGGAAGAAAGUCUUUCAGGUUUGUCUGCCGAGGAAGGUAGUGUCAGAGCCGUCGGUGCAGAAGCGUUGUGGCGAGGCGCUGGCUCUCAUCCAGAGUGUGUGGCAGCGCAGCGACAGCCUGCACCGCGGACGCUCCCAGAGAGAGCCCUGGUGCUGAACCCCAGAGACUGCAACACAGACUCUCCAGAGAGAGAGUGGACUCUAACCCAGCUCAAGCUAUCCCACACACCCCGCAUACGCACCCCACGACCUGUCCAAAGGAAGGGGUGGUGGGUGCAGACUGCACUUCUUACAGCGACCAAGCACUCUGCCCUCUCCUCACCCUCACCUCCAGAGAGUGCAGUUGAAUCGACUGUGGACCUGAUGGUGCAUUCAUUUAUGCUUAGGAUCAGAGAUUGGCUGACUUAAAGCCAACUGGGGAGUGGAAAAGCGUCGGGUUGGUGCAUGUCGGCAAGUAACCUCCUCAGAUCUCCGAGAGUGGAGUGGAUAAGCGAGUGCAUCAUUAGUGAGACUGGAGGGACACAUGGCGAUGGUGACAGCUCUCUAAAGCCAGCGGCUGGUCCUGGCGAUCUGUGUCUGUGGGUGGGGUUGUUCUGUUUACACCUCCUGCCGUGCACAAAUAUUCAGGCACAUGCUCCGCGUAACCGCUUUGGGACAAUGGAGAAGUAGGGGACAGGCCACAAGAAGCGCAGACUUUCCCUUGUCUGUGGUGACGUGACAUUUACCAACAAAUCACUGGAGGUCAUGUUUGAACCUCUUAAACUAACCACCAUCCUAAAAAAAUGUCACUCCAGUGUAUAUACUGUACAUUCGACGUGUAUAAAAAUACUGAACACUGGGAAGUGCAGUUGAUGUUGAGGUCAGGUCUUUACCAGUGAGUGGACAUCUUCUUCCUUUUUCCUGUUCCGUGCUCGCUAAUGUCGUUACCUCACGUGAUGCCAAUUAUACACUCACUCACAUGAUACACUCACAAGUUACCUGCUUGUUUGGAAGUGAUGGUAGUCCAAUGGCGUUUGCAGAGGUGCGGAGUGAACUUGUAGAAGGUGAAAGUGUACAGUGUUGCGCUUGGACCAUUGCAGUGGCCUACCAUGGGUGUGUUGUGCUCCAAUGACAAAACGAUAAGCAGCUUUCCCUAGCAGCUAACUUGAGGAAGAUGACCCCCCCCACCCCCCUGAUUAAUUUUGGGUGUAAAACCGAUACCUAAACAUGAGGGAGGAAGAGGACUAUGACAGAAAUUGCUUGCAUAUGACUAAUUGCAAGAUUGCACAUUUCUUUAAACAUUAUCUUUGUUCAUUUCUCUUGAACUAACGGGGUGAUCCUCUAUUGUGUGUGCGUGUGCGUGUGUGUGGAUGACUGUCUGUCUGCAUCUAAAGUAUAUGUGGACAAGUUUUGUGUUCAUUUGUUUGUCAUUUUACCCAGACAGACACAACGUGAAGGGCAAAUGCCCCAUUUGUUUCUCCAAACAAACCAUGCUAACAUAUUGCGGCCCUUGACUAAUGUAUAGCACGCCAUGGCAUAAACAAGUUUGACUGUUGUAUAGUUUAUGGCUUGCGUAAGGUUCGAUGAUUGAUGCAUGCAUGUAGUGUGCAAAGGGUCUAAGGAAAUGAAAGCACCACAAUCAAUUGCAACGGGUUUCCGAUUUGAAAUGAUGUCAGUAGGCUGUUGUUUGUUCAUAUGAGCAUUAUGUGUAUAUGGCACAGAUUUGUACAUGUAUAUGUGUAAAAAAUGAUGAGAUAUUCAACUUCUGUCUCUUGCACUGCAUGUGUAUGGACUGCACUACGUACAAUUGGGGCACGACUACAGUACAUGUUAAGAUCUGCACACAGUUGCCAUUAUGUGCUAAUAGUUUUGGUUGAUUUGAUUGUCAUCUGGCAGUCAGUUAAAUGAAGCCACUGUUUUAUUUGGUUUGAUUGAGUCUGUUCAGGACUCUGCUUUGUUUGGAUGUGUGCACAUUUGUGCAAUCAGGAAAAGAAAACAAAUAGGAAGAAAAAAAAGGUCUCAAGCUAGGAUUAGUGGAGUAUGUUGAUAAAUAACCCUGACGUGAUCAGGCCAUAGCUCGCUGCUAACGUUGAAAUUUAUUUCACCUGACAUUAAUCCCAAUUGACUAAACAUAUAAAGAAUGAGUAUGUUUAAUCUGCACACGCCCUGUAAAGUGCUUUACAGUACAUUUGUUAACCACAUUAUUGCACGAGCAUAUCAUUUUGUAUCCUCCUUAACUCUAUCCAGGUAUGUGGGCACAUAUACGCACUAUAUUGUAGGUAUGGCUGACCCCAGAAGCCGAUACUUGUAGGUAUUCAUAACCAUCUUCUCAAUCUCUUGCUAGUGCAAUAAUGAAGUUAUGUGUAGAUGUUUUGAAGGUACAAUUAUGGAGAAAGAUGGAGAGAGAAAAUCAACCAGCUGGCAAUCCUAUCAACUUCAAGAAAAAGACAAGCAAGCAACGCUAUUUGACUUGAGUGUACGAAGCGCCCAUUGUCAUUUAAACACAAUAGCAUGGUGGCCUUCCCAAAAUGGGAAACUAUAGAAGACGUGUGUGUGUGUGUGUGUGUGUGUGUGUGUGUGUGUGUGUGUGUGUGUGUGUGUGUGUGCGUGUGCGUGUGCGUGUGCGUGUGCGCGCGCGUGCGUGCGUGUGCGUGCGUGCGCGUGCGUGCGUGUACGUAUGUAUAAUUUUGUGUUUUAGUAGUACAUGUUUUUGAAUGUUGCCUUGUAUCCUGGCUUUCAAUUAUAUGUGUUUCUUUUACACAUAGUGUUUUGCAGGAAAAACCACAAGUGUCAGUGAAUGUGUGCUAUAUGAAGUCUUGAAUGUGGCUCAACUAUGUGGUCGUUGUCUUACUGUUUUAUUGGGCACUGUCUUUUUUUCUCUCACCCAUUUAAAGCCCUGUCUUUAUUUUGGUGUCACUCACAAAACAGAUGUUACACCUCAGGUCCGCAACAAUGCACACAUCACGUGCAGAAUGUGUUCCGCUGUUCAUUGGACUUCUUUUCCUUUUUAUUUUUCUAGCCCACUGCAAAAUAUGUUGCCUGCACGGCUUUACUUGCACACUGGACACAGAAGAUGGUGGACAUGAGAUGUUAGAGGUAUCCCCAUGUAACGAAGGUAAUGAGUGUAGAUAUGAGAGUAAAAUGAUCUGGAAUCUCAGGACAAUGAUGAUGAGGCAUUGCCAUGGUACCUACUGCAAUUUGAGUGUUUACACAUUGCUGGCCAAUGAUGGAUUACAUCAGUGAAAUGGAUACAGAUUGGAGCGAUAUUAUUCAAUUAGUUAUUUUUGCUGUUAUGUUUUUGUAAUUUUUUAAAAAUGUAUAAAAAUAUAUAUUUAGUUGCCUUUUGCAGGUGUAAUAUUGUGCAAGGGGAUGUGGACUAUAUUCUAACACUUGAUCUAUACACUAAAAGCUGCAUGUGCUUCUUUUUUAAAUUAUGUUCAUAAGGUCAUUGAAUGUAUAUAGAAAUCACUUUUUGGUUUUGUAAAUAUGACAAAGUAUGAAUAAAGAAACCAAAUACACUA